AGUCGCUUCACCGCAUUCCGCGUUCAACGCUCAACGCUCACAUACACUUAUUCACAGUAAACAAAAUGUCUAACAUGUCUUACGAGAUCGCGUAUUCACUCGCAGACGACGGCCCUCAGCCCGUCUCGCGUACUUAUCAAUAUCGCAAAGUGAUGAAACCGAUGCUUGAGCGCAAGAGGCGCGCUCGCAUCAACCGCUGCCUGGACGAGCUCAAGGAUCUGAUGGUCAGCGCAUUGCAAUCGGAAGGAGAGAACGUUGCCAAACUGGAGAAGGCCGAUAUUUUGGAACUGACAGUUCGUCAUUUGCACAAACUGCGCCGUCAACGCCGUUUGUCUCUCAGCCCUUCAGCAGACGCAGAUCGCUUCAGAGAUGGAUUCACGCAUGCUGCCAACGAAGUGUCCCGCUGUUUAGCUUCCAUCCCCGGUGUGGAUGUGAGGUUGGGCACACAGCUGAUGACCCACCUCGGACACAGACUGAAUGAUAUGCAGAGAGCCGCUGCCGGUACCGACACACCUCCAGCGAGCCCACCCAGCCCUGCACUCUCCACCACCUCAUCUUCAUCAGGCUACGUGUCACCCUCGCCACCGGCAUCACCCAUGCCAAUCCACAGCACACCUUUGGAUUGCACCACCAGCAGUGCCUUCACCAAGACAUCAGUGUGGCGACCGUGGUAAACAGCGAUGCGAGGACCUGGCGGACCCGGCUCCGCGGUCACAUCUGUUCCAGCACCGCUCGGAGCCGCCACACUUCAUUGAGUCCGUGAUGAUCCUAAGUUUAGUGUUGUGACAAGUUGCAGACAAGUCUAGAUCUCAACAUUUAAUUAGUGUAGGGAUUUUAAAUGUAGUUCGUAAGUUCAACUUGAAAGCUUUAAUGAAAGUAGCCUAUAAGUCUAUUGUGAUAUUAAAGAGUAAAUAUUAUUGUAUAAGAGAUGUUGUAUCGAGCCUAACUCAGGUCGUAUUGUUAUAUUUUUAUCGUUGAAAAGAUUUCACAAAUUCGUGAACAAAAGAGUAAGUUAAUAAAAAACAUAUUUCUAAUA